AUGUCUGAGAGUUCAUCAGUACGCAAUAUACGUCUGCUUGUCGAGACGGACGAUCCCAUGUUCUACGGACAGAAGAAGUUGAAGGUCAGGGGGCGGGAUUUAGUUCACCUUUCAAAAGAUGUUUUCAAGUUGAUGGACCUUGAGGUUUUGGACCUGAGCCCAGAGCGGCAGUCAUGUCUGAACUACAAGCUGCCCAUGAUCCCCAGGGAUAUUGGAAAACUGCAUUGUUUGACGACUCUGCUGCUGGACACAAAUGAACUGUUGCAGGUGCCCGUGGAAAUAACACUGUUGACAAACCUGGAACGACUGACGCUCAGCAACAACCAUCUCACGGAGCUCCCCAGGGGAUUCAAGAGACUGCAGAAGUUAGAAAGCCUGCACUUGGCCAACAACAAGCUGGAGAAGUUUCCUCUCGAAGUCUGUGAUAUCACGUCGCUUGUCUUUCUCGAUGCCAGUGAUAAUCUGAUAAAGCUUCUACCCAAGAAGAUCAGCCAGUUGACUAACCUAGAGACUCUUCUUCUGUUCAUCAAUCAACUAACCAAGCUACCCGACACGAUCGUCAACAUGCGAGCACUGCGCUGUCUGUGGUUGGGGAACAACCACAUCUGUCAUCUGCCCAAGGGAUUCGGCUACCUGUCCAAGCUGGAUUGGAAAGACAGGUAUACAACAUCUACUUUGGAUGGAAACCCUUUGUUGAACCCACCCCUGGAGAUCUGUAAGCUUGGACCAGAAGCGAUAGAAAGAUUCCAAGGUGUAGGACCUAACAUAGAUGCAGAAAAACUGGCAGAGGAAGAACGGAAAAGAACGAGAAGAAGGACAAUACCUGUUUUGGGUACUAGCCAAAGUGUCAACGGCAACGUUCCUAGCGGAGCAAGCGGUUUGAAAACAAAGUCAGACAGUAGGAAAGUGCUCAGCAAUGGUGCUAAGACUGCUAAUAAUAUAGUUAAUUCUAUUACAAUUCUUGACAGACAGAGAAAAUAA